AUGGUGAAAUGGGGCCAAAUGCUGCUAGCUUCGCGCCAAUCCAUUCGCUCGGCCCUUGUCGCCUUGUCGAGUUCGACGUCUGCAGAGCCGAUCAUCCUGCCUCCAAAUUCCCGUGCCAACGCAUACAUCCCCAUCCCACCCACUGCCACGGCCGCGGCCAUUGCCUGCUGUCUACUGCCUAUUGCCUACUGCCCACUGCCCGUCGCGGCCUAA